UACCAGCCACCACCUGUUCAUCAUCACAGGAUUAAUCAGGUGACUUGCGAAGAUGAUGUUGCCGAUUUUCCGUGAUGUAAUCCUUGAUCGUUUCUCAUAAGACUCCAUCGCCUCGUCUGACUAGACUCUAGUGUUUAUAUACUUUGUUGGUAAUGUAAUAAAUGCCCGUUUCAGGAUGGAGCUGCCUACUGAAUUAAUCUCAUAUAUCUUGAGAUUCUUGACAUCUGCUGAACGCCACGAAGCCUCACUGGUCUGUAAGAAAUGGUACUACGCAUCUCUGGACCCUGCCCUGCACCAGAGCUCUGUCAUCACCCUCCGUGCCAGCUCCUCGUCCGGCGAGAAGUUCAACCACCUGGGCCAACGCAAGAGUCCUAGCCUGGUGGUGAGCCACAUCGAUGGGUCCGCCAACUGCAGCCAGGUCCUGGAGGAGAUUGGCCACCACUUAGGGCCGCACCUGACCAACCUGAGCCUCCGGGGAUCAGAUGUCACCGAGACUGUCUUCGUCGGGAUUAUGGGCCACUGUUCCGGGCUACAGAAGCUUGACCUGAGUUGCUGCAACAGCCUCUUCAUGUCUGGGAACCUGCUGCAGAAGGAGAAGGAGCGGGAGAAGGUUAGGAAGCCCCUCGAUAAUGUGAAAUCCCUCAAUCUUGCAACCAACCGUUACCUGUCAGAUGUCCUGUUUGACAGACUUGCAGAUGUGAUGCCAAAUGUGGCUAGGCUCUCCCUGGCAUCCUGCAACAUCGUCCACCAGAGCGAUGCCUACCUCAGCACGCAGCAGAAGUCUGCCUCCUUCAUGUCCCUGUCCAACUUCCUGAUGUACCUGCAGGCUCAUGCAGAUAAGAUUGUCACCCUUGACCUGAGCUGCACAGGGAUUGGCAGCGAGGCGCUUACCCUGAUCAGCCACGUCAAGGGACUGGCACUAGAAGAACUGACCCUGAAAAAGUGCAGCGGAAUCAGCAAUGAAGGUGUCGCACGUCUUGUCAAGAAGCAGACCUCACUGAAGUCUCUGGAUCUCAGCGGCAUAGCCUCCUUGCACAGCCCUUCCCUGAUAGCCAUCGCCAAUCAUCUACCUCACUUGGAGCACCUGAAUGCCAGUGAGUGGUCCCAGUUGGAGCCCCAAGCAUCCGAGUACCUGUCCUCCCUGUCGCACCUGAAGUCCGUCAACUUGUCUAACUGCUACCACAUCGGCCAGCACUACCUGAGCAAGGGACUUGGAAGCAGCAACUCCGCCAACCUGAUCUCUCUGAGUCUUGGGGGAUGCGGGUCAGUCCGUGAUGACGUUGUCCUGAGCCUUGUGAAGAGCUUGCCACAGCUGGAGCAACUGGAUCUAAACUCAUGCUUUGGUGUGGGAGAUUCCAGUGUUCAUGCCAUUUCAAGGUUCCUGCCCAACCUGAAGAAGCUUCGACUAGCCUGGUGCAAGAAGAUCACCGACUUUGGAAUUUUGGGCUUAGACCAGAAUGCUCCCGUCUUCAUCACCGACAACGAGACUACAAAGCACUAUAGCGACCGCUUCACCAAGAGCCACAGCAACAUGGGCUUCUUCAAGCUGCCUUCCUUCAACGAGAAGAUCCACGACAUCCCAGAGAAGGAGAUCCUGAAGCUGAUGGAUGCCCCGGACCAGGUCAACCUGACGGCAUUGACCAAGCUGGAGUCGCUGGAUCUGAUGGCUUGCAACCACCUCACGGAUGUCUGCAUCUCUCAUGCCAUCCACUUCCCCAAGUUACGCUCCCUCAACCUCAGCCUCUGCUCCAACAUCACGGAUCAAAGCCUCGCUGCCGUGGCGACCAACAAUCCGAAACUGGUGGAGCUGCUGAUUGGCCAGUGCCACCAGGUCUCGGAUGCUGGGCUGAAGAUCCUCGUAGAGAGGCGCAAGGGUCUUCAGUCGCUGGACGUCUGCGGUUGUGGGAAGGUUACAGAUGCUGCUCUGCUAGAACUGGGCCGGCACACCAAGCAUCUAAAGCAUCUUAACAUCUCACAGUGCGGCAGCGUUACCAUGGCGAUGGCUGAAAAGCUGCAACAGCAGGUGCCCAGUCUGAGGUCAAUACAGAUGGCGCACAUAUCCAGCGGAGGCUCCGCCUUCUAUCACUACCAACCAAUCAACAUUUGAACCAAUCAUUAUCUUAUGCUCAUUGAAAUCUGGCCAGUUGCGAGUUCCUAAAUAUGUGAGAUUUUUUUAAAAUCUAGUUUUGAGUUGAGGUAUGUAAGCGUUAUUGUCUCAGUAGCUUACAAAAAAAACCAUUUUAUCAGGCGAUACAAUUUUAUUGGGCAGCUUGUGUACACUAAGGUAGUAAGGCUUUAUCAGAUUGAACAUAAUUUUUAAGAGAGACGUGUAUUUCGCAUUUGAGGGACUAAGUACUAUUAUUUUGCUUAUAGAUAAAUAUCAAUGGGACAUGUUGCAGGUAAUCAAUGAGCUAGUCAUGGCAGAAAUGGAAGAUUUCAAAAUCCGGUUAUCCUAAUUUUUUCAAACCGAAUAACGGUUAUCCGAUUUCACCGGAAGUUCCUAUUCAGAUCACAGCCAUGUCAACAAAAAGUGGGAUUUAAAUCCCACCACUACAAAGAAUGCGUAUCACUUUGAUUCCACGACUUGUAAAACACGUGUUAACAGUAAAUAAAUUAUAUGUACAUAAAAUGUAAAGCAAAUUGACAUUUUACAGAUAACUUCAAGAAUGAGUGUAAAUAUUGAAAUUCGAUGUUUUAUACUUGAUCUGUUAAAUUGUUAAAUAUAAGAUUAUAGAUUGGUUACAUUCAUUGUAAAUAAGAAUUGAGAGAUAAAAUUUAUUUUGUUUUUUAGUAAUUAGGACGUUGGACGAUAAGAAAUUGGAUGCGAAAACAUUUAUGAGAAAGAAUGCUAUGACUUUUGGAAAGAAUUGUAUAUCUUUUAAUAGUAAAGUGACCUGCCAUAUUGGAAUUGUUCAAGGCCACUUUGUAAAUUAUUGGCCAAAUUGUAUUUCGAAAUUCAUCAGCACGCGUUACUUCGAAGAUUUACACGUAUGUGUCAAGCCAAACUACACA